AUGGCCAAUGGAGAAGCGCCUUCCUCCAACGGCUACAUGCAAGCGGCCGCCGCUCCUCCCGCUCCUCCCGCUCCCCGACCCAAGCUCCCCGCCGCCACCCCCUCCUCAUCGGCUAAAGCGCAGCUUUCUUCCGCGAAGCCGCAACCUGCUUCCGCCAAAGCGCAGCCUCUUUCCGCCAAAGUUCAACCUGCUUCCGCCAAACCGCAGCCUGCAUCGGGCAAGGCGCAAGCUUCCCCCGCCGCCAUCUCAGCCGCCGUUGCUGCCGCUGCCGCCGCUUGUGCCAGUGCCAGCGCCGCUGCAGCUUCGCCGGACGCCGCAAGCGCACCACCCGCGCCGUCCGCCGCCGCAUGCUCUGAGGCGCCUCGAGACUCGCCUUCUGUCGCUUCCUUUUCCGAAGCGCCUCAAAGAUCGCCGUCAGCAGCAGCAGCCGCCGCUGCUGCAACGGCGGCACCGGCGCGGGCGGCGACGCCAUCGCCGCCGCCGCCGCCGCCGCUGGCACUUCCCGCGCCGCCGUCUCCUCCGCCGCUGCACGUGCAGCUUCAGCUGCUGCACUUCCCGUACUUGUCGGAAGCAUGGACGGCUGAGGAGCAACGGCUGCUGGAUCAAGGGCUCGCAAGGUUCCCCGCGGAUCUGUUCACCCCCGCCCAGCGCUACCUCAAGAUCGCGGCGAGCCUGCCGGAGAAGACCGCCCGUGACGUGGCUCUGCGCUGCAAAUGGCUGCAGGACAAGGAACAGCAGCAACGAAUGCAGGCAGCAGCAGCAGGGGAACCCGCAGCAGCAGGAGGGGGAGGAGCAGGGGCAGGCGGGGGAGGGGGAACAGGCGGAAGCGCUGCAGGAGGUGGGGCGGCGAGGGCAGGGGGGGCGGGUAUGGUCAAGGUGGAAGCUGCAGGUGCUGGGGAUGUUGUUGGGGCGCAAGGGGCAGGGGGAGGCGCAUCUGGUGCAGGUGUAUCUGGCGCAGCAGCAGCAGGGGGAGGUGGCGGUGAUGGGUGUGCUGCUGCUGACACGCAUACAGACGGUGCUGAUAACAGUGGCAGCUUGCUAUCUGGGGAUCUGUCACCAGACAAGCUACUCGAGCAGAACGUGGACCUCAUCUCCCAAGUCAAGGCGGCACUGGCCGCAAACAAGAUGCCGCCUCUCCCAGUCAAGCCUAACCUAGACCUCGCCUGCCAAGUCCUCUCGCCCUCCCCAUCCUCCUCCCUCAUCCCCAUCUCCAUGCCGCCUGGCCUCCCCGCUACAACCAUCCACGCUACAACCUUCCCCGCUACAGCCGCCCACGCUACAGCCGCCCACGCUACAGCCGCCCACGCUACAGCCGGCCUGCCAGCAGGAACAGGCUCAGCUGCUGCUACACCCAUACUGGGUGCUACAGGCUUGCCCGCUACAUCCGGCCCUGCUACAGCCAUGCCAGGCCUCCCCGCUACAGCCAUGGGGGGAAUGGGAGGAAUGGGAGGCAUGGGAAACAUGGGGGGCAUGGGGGGUAUGGGAACCAUGGGGGCCAUGGGAGGGAUGGGAGUGAUGGGGAGCAUGGGGAGUAUGGGGGGCAUGGGGGGGAUGGGGGGGAUGGGGCCAAUGAGGGGAGCGCCUGGCAUGCCCAUGGGCAUGCCCAUGCCGAUGCCCAUGGCUAUGAUGCCUUCCAUGGGCCCGCCACCAGGUGCAGGAGCCAUGUCACAGUAA